GUUAACAUGUUAAACAAGGUUCUCCUCCUCCCACUACUUCUUCAUCUCCAUGAAAUUGAAAUCCAAUUACAAAAGCAAAAUCAACCAAACCCUUAUCUAUUUAACCACAUAUAACUCUACUCCUAACCCUAAUUUCCAUUUUUGUUCUUUCUUUCUCCGGUUAAAAAAAAAAAAAAAAGCUGAGGACCUCCCCAAACUUUGCAAACAUGCAAAUUCAGCACCACCAAAACCUAAAUUUGAAGCAUCCAAAAUCACCCCAAUCUCUUUAUCCACCGAUUCAUCACCCCCAACAUCAAAAAUAGAAACAAACCCCAUUUUUGUUCUUCCCCAAAACCAAAAAAAUCCAACCUUUUCCCAAUCUCCCUGUUUUCACCAUCACAACCAUCACUCCCCCAAAAUCUCUUCUUUCUCCAAACCCAAAUCCCCUAAAUCCAAGUCAAGAGAAUUGAACAACCAAAAGGAAAAAAAAAAAUAAAAAAUUGAAGCUUCCCACCUUCAAUGUGGCGAUCAUGGAAAAAAUCAACGGUUCAAACAACACCCUCUCCCUCCUUCUCUUGCUCUUCCUUUAAAGACAUCCAAAACCUUUGCCUCGACGAACACCAACAACGCCAAAACCAAAACCAAAACCAACAACAACAAAACCAACACCACGAAGACAAACCCACUCCUUCUCAUUCUCGCUCAAGAAAACCCUCCGUUUUCCACCGAGUUCGCAUCGCCAACUCGCUCCUCCGAUCCUGGUCAACUCACCACCACUCACAACCCUCCUCCAAACUCCACCGAUCCCGCUCCCACCCGCCCCCACCCGAACCCGAUGUCUUCCUACCCGAAAACCAACCUCCCAUCUUUUUCCCCGGCACCGAAGACCGCGUGGUGGUCUACUACACCACCCUCCACGCCGUCAGAUCCACCUUCGACGCCUGCAAGAGCGUCUUCUCCAUCCUCUGCGGCUUCCGCGUUCUAAUCGACAACCGUGACGUCUCCAUCGACUCCGCCUUCGCCACCGAGCUAAACCACCUCAUGGGCCUCCGGCGGGCCGAGUUGGACUUGCCCCGUAUUUUCAUCGCCGGCAAGUACAUCGGUGGGAUUGAAGACUUGAGAUACCUCAACGAGAUCGGCGAGCUCAAGAAGCUUCUCCAACGCCUUCCCGCAGCGGAUCCCACCGAGUGCCCCACGUGUGCCGCUCACAGGUUCAUUCUCUGCGACAAGUGCUGCGGUAGCAGAAGACUCUUUGUCGAUAACAAACUUGGCUUCAAAACGUGUUACCUCUGCAACGAAAACGGUCUUCUCAGGUGUCCUUCUUGUCUUUCCAAUGCACCAACCCCCUUAUAAUUCCCCAUUUUUAACUAUUUAGAUUUUCCUUUUUCGUUCUGUAACAUGAACAUUAUGUAUAGGCCCAUUUUUCUGGGGAUCGUAGAUAGAUAUAGAUAGAUACCAAUUUGUAUGUAUAUGUGUGUGAGUAUCUCUUGUAAGCUGUUGGGUAUGUGUUCAUUCAUUCCACUGUAUCCAACGCCACAACGACUUCAUUGUGGUUUCCAAUUUCAUUUUGUACCAUUAAUAUUACUAUGCUUUCUUCUUCUU